AUGCGGCCUGUCAAUGCUCUCGUGCUUUGCAUCCAUUGCUUAGCCAAAUCUGUGCUGGCUCGUACAAUAAUCCAGCUGAGUGUUUCAAGAGAACCUCCCAGCCAUGCCUCGGCUGCGAUUAAUCCAUCGUUUGCUGGUUUUGGCAUUGAGCCAUCGAAUUUGUUUUCAUUUACUGGCACAGAUGUGCCCAACUUGCUCACAUUUAACCUGAUCCAAAACCUGGUCAGCUAUACGGACAAGGCUCCUCAUAUUCGUAUCGGUGGGAAUACUCAAGAUUAUCAAGUCUUUAACGAGCACCAAACCCAAUGGACGUGGGUCAAGAACCACAAUGCCGUCGGCCAGGGCGUCUUCCCUUCCGACCACAUGGUAAUCGGUCCGCGAUAUUUCGAAGCGGCCAACAGGUUCCCAGCUGGCACCCCAGUGACAUGGGGAUUGAAUCUUGCGUAUGCACAGGAUGACUGGCCUGAGCAAAUCACAACCAUGGCGAGUCAAGUAUUCGAGAACUGCCCGAAUCUGGAUCUCGUCUCGAUCGAAGUUGGAAAUGAGCCGGAUCUGUACCUUAAGAACGGUUUCCGAUCCGGUGAGUGGAACGGAAAGAUAUACACAGAACAAUGGCUCGAACGCGUCGGCGUUCUGUACGAACAAGUCCUCCGGCCCAGAAACAUCACCAGCGCCUUUUUCGAGCCGGCUUGCACGGCCUCGACCAUUGGUACAACGUUCCGGAUCGUUGACCUGGUGGGCUUUGGUAUCGAUGGGUUGGCAAACAACUCGAACGCCUCGUUCAUCACGUCCUGGAACCAGCACGACUAUUACUACUUUGUUGGUGUGUCGACUUAUAGGCUGACGCUGGCACACUUUCAGCGACUGAGCACAGUCGAAGAUCAGUUCACCGCCUGGGCUGAACAGGUUGGCCAGGCGCAUGAUACCCUCUACCCGUACGCGCUACGCGAGAUGGGUCUCGUUGGGCCAGUUGGACUCGAAGGUAUCACCGACACAUUUGCCGCCGCACUGUGGACGCUCAACUUUCUAUUAUAUGCCGCAACACUGGGUGUAUCGGGCGUCCAGUUCCACAUGACAGACAAUAGCGCCGCGUCCGCCUGGCAGCCUGUCAAGAUAGCAGAUCGAGAGCCUUUUGUUCGACCGCUUUACUACGGCUACGCGGCGUUUGAUCAAGUCAUUGGACCAACAUGUACGGCGCGGGUUGCUUCUAUCGAUGUGACUGAUCAGCUGCUCGGGGAUUAUGACGGGUAUGUCAGAGUCUAUGCCGUAUACCAGGAUGAGAAAUGGCAUAGCUUGGUUGUGAUCAACUCGAUGCCGAAUAAUGUAUCACAGGCCAGCCAGUCGGGCCUCGGCGUCAUCGUAAGAUUGCCAAGGAGAUUGACGGGCAAGAUGGUUCAUUUAGCCUAUCUGAGCGGACCAGGCUCCGAUGCGACCACGAACACGACGUGGAACAAUAUCGAGUAUGAAAGCAGUGGCGACGGGACGCCAACGCCCAUAGAUGAUGGACUCAGCGGCAAAUCAUUCCAGGUUGGCGUUGAUGGCACAAUCAACAUUGACGUCAGGGAUUCGCAAGCUGUGGUUGUGAACCUGCGCUGGCGUGUAGGCGAGGGGCUCAGGGCAGAUGACAAGGCAUGUGCUGUCUUUUCCCGUGGAAGCCUUUUAACUGAUGGUAAUGGAUCGAUUGCCGGUAACGACACCGUGAACGGCGAGGAGAACAUCGCGAGUGGACGCUGGAGAGGGAUUCGCCAUGAAGAAGGAGUCAGAUUCAUGAUGGCUUGGAUAAUUCUCCUCGGUAUCUUCAUGUUUCGACGCAUGUGA